UCACCACCUGCGGAAACCCCCCACCGAUCGCGGUCAAAAGUAUAUAUCUCCCGCCUCAACCAACGCCCAACAUCACGCACCCACCGCAACCACACCAAGCUAACAAUGAAAAUCAACCCAGACAAACUAACCUACAUCAACCGCCACCGCCUCGCCUGGUCCCGUCGUCUCAACAUUUCCAUGACCCAAGCCGUGCCCACGGGUUUCCCCUUCCCGACCACAGAUAUCCAAUCUCUCCUUGCACUCGUUGCUGUGUCCCAUCCGGAGAAAGUGGUCGAGAUAGUGGAGCGACUGUAUACCUCCGUCUGGGCGGACGGUGACUCGGCGUCUGUUACGGACGCUGAGAGGUACAAAAAGGUCCUCGAAGAGGUGUUGGGCGACGAUGUGGUGGAGGGGCUGCUGGAUGGGGAGAAACAAACUGAAGGCAAGACCCUGUUAGAGGCGAAUACGCAUCGAGCGAUUGAGGAGGGGGCUUUUGGAUUGCCUUGGCUGGCGUGCACGAGUCCUGCCGGGGAGAAGGAGGGGUUCUGGGGCGUGGAUCACUUGGGCCUGGCGGCGGAGUUUCUGGGGUUGGAUGUUGGGAUGGAGUGUGGGUUCCGGGCUAUGAUGAAAUGACCGAGCUUGCUUCUGAUAUAGACGAGGAGGUCUAGAGUCGCUUUGGUUCAAGAGUGCGGUGAACAUUACAUAGAUAGAUGCUGCUGGAUUAAUUGAGGUCUGAUAGGUGCAUCACUGUUGUGGGAAACAUAUUGUGUGGCUGAAAGAUGGGCGGAUGCUGGGAAAUACAGGCAAAGACACAAACCCAAUUGAUCACGAAUAUGUAUAUCAGCUCUGAUACAAUUACGAGAUGUAAAAGUACUCGAACAGGAUACUUCAACUCAAGAAUGCAAG